AUGAGCCAGCCAAGACAUCAUCGAUCGAAUCCAUCCGAGCAGGCCCCGCUGCUGCCUGCCGUCCAGGAGAAGCGCGAGCCCACUCCGUUGCCGUGGAUGGGCGUCAUUGUGGUCUCCAUCGUCCUCUUCUGCAACAGCUUCGUCACCACAGUGCUCUUGCCCUUUGUCACAUUCAUGGUCGAGGACUUUGGCGUGGCCAAGCGGGAAGAAGAUAUCGGACGGUUGAGUGGCUAUAUUGUCGCUUCUUACAUGCUCGGCCAGCUGUUCUGCUCCUACCCGUGGGGCCGGCUGUCGGAUACAUGGGGUCGUCGUCCCGUCCUGCUGAUGGGCCUGUUCGGCGCCAGUAUCACCUGUCUUGCCUUUGGCUUUUCGCCCAACUACCAUGCGGCCCUGGUCUUGCGCAUGUUCUGCGGCGCCAUCAACGGUGUCGUCGGCGUCACCAAAAGCUAUCUCAGCGAGAUCACGGACGAAACCAACCAGUCCAAGGGCUUUGCGCUUCUCGGACUCAAUCGUGCUUUUGGACUCAUUGUUGGCCCUGCAGUCGGUGGGCUGCUGUGUCUCCCAGCUAAAAAAUAUCCCCAGUACUUCCCACCUGGAUCCUUCUUUGACAGAUAUCCGUACUCGCUCCCGUGCAUCGUCGGUUUCGUGAUUGCCAUGUCGGGCUUUUGCGCGGCCUGGUUCGUUAUCAAGGAGACGCUGCCCCCUCGGACUGCUCUGCUGAGCAUCGACGACCGCUCCGAGUCGGAUGAACUCAGCGAUGCCGAGGCUAACCAGCUACUGGAGGGCCCAAAUGUCCAGCAUCUCCCCGACCGCCCGUCAUACGAUCAACCCGACUCGGUCAUGACGCUCAUGCAGGACCGGCGCGUGUUCAUCAGCAUUGCCCUGUAUGCCCUCAUCUCGGGAUUCUACAUCCAGUGGGACGAAGCGCUGCCUAUGUAUCUGCGGCUGCCCUACGCCAAAGGCGGAGUCAACUUUGACACUACCCAGAUCGGCUUUGUCUUUUCCUUUGGCGGUCUGACGCUGAUCGUCUAUCAGCUCUGGCUUUACGCUCCAAUCGAGCGGCGGCUCGGUGCGCUGCUCACCUUCAGGACCGGCAUCUUGAUGACCAUUCCGGCCUUCCUGAUCCUGCCGUCGGUGUCUUGGCUCUAUGUGACGGCUGGAUGGUCGCUGUGGACGAUGCUCUUUAUCCUCCAAGGACUGCGGACCAUGUUUGGGUUCCAAGCCAUGACAAGCACAUUCAUCAUGGUCGCCAAUAGCACCACCGCUCGCUCCAGAGGCUCCAUCAACGGACUUGCCCAGACCUUUGCAGCCAUGGCUAGAAUGGUUGGUCCCAUCAUCGGUGGCACGCUCUUCAGCUGGUCUCUGGACUCGAGUCGGGUCUUCCCCUUCGACUACCACUUUGAGUUUUACUUCAUUGCCCUGUCAGCGAUCUUCACCUACGUCGUCUCUCUUUACAUUGACGAUGAAAUCAACCACCGUCGAUUGGAACUGAUCUGA